AUGGUCUUCUUGCAGGCAAAGAAGGGCUGCCGUACAUGGGCCCAAGGCCGCCGGUGGGGAUUCACCGAUACAUCUUCGUCCUCUUUCAACAGAAGGCUCCUCUUGGCCUUUUUGAUCAGCCCGCAUCGCGGGCCAACUUUAAUACCCGCGGAUUCGCCCAUCAUCUCGACCUGGGCUUGCCGGUGGCCACCGUUUAUUUUAACGCUCAGAGGGAACCGCUCAACAGGCGGCGUUGAAGAAUUCAGUGGUGGGGGAGGGCAGCCACCGCCGCCGCCGCCGCCACCACCAUAUCUGGUAUCUACCGGUG